CUAUAUCUCGCCAGUCUGCGUCUGAUAGCGGAGCGGAUCUGGUGGGAUUUUCACGCUUUUUCAGUAUUAUUUAUAAACCAAUGUGCAUUUCUGGGACAUUUUUCCACAACACAGUUUCGCGUUUCCGAAAAUAAACUUUUUUUUAGUAGAGUUUAAGUGAACGUGACUAGAAAAUCUGCUAGCAUCCCGCGUGUGUGAAACCGACAAGUGGAGAAAUACAAUAGCAUUCAGCAUCUUUUUUUCGCGAACAUCUGUAGAUUGUUAUUGUAACGUGGCAUAAGUGUAGUGAUUUUAUGAAAGGUGCUUUGUGAGUUUUUUCUGAAUCUCUCAUUCAUGGAAAACAGCGAUUGUAAGGAAAGAUAUCAUAAAAGGAACAGUCGCGUCAUUCACAGAAAAUAAUGAAAGAAGGUCUUUAAUGCAAGUUCCAGUAAUAUUUAGUGAAAUUGAGUGAUUCUUAGGAUAGAACGUUUUAAAGGAAAAGGAGAGGAUCCUCUGCUAAAACCCGAAAAUCAAAUUAGUUAAUUAAAAGCGGCAAAUCAACAAAGCGAAUUCUGUACGUACAUGCAUCUUUUCAAAUGCCCUAUCAACAUAUAUAUACAUCGUAAUAUUCAUUUACAAAAUGAAUAUAUCGGUUGCGAAAUAAAAACACAACAAAUUUCGGAUAUUCUGUAAAUAAUUUCUCUCUACAUAUUCCAAGAUGGAUCUAAAAGAAAAGCCCACCAAUGUCAGCACAUCAUCAGUGGCUGAUAGCUAUAUUCCACCUAGUAAGUCAACAGAUCCAAUUGGACCAGAAAAAGUGAUACAAGAAUACAAAGUAUACAAAAUAAGAUGGCUAGUGAUAUUUUUAUUUGCAUUUUAUUCGGCAUCAAAUGCAAUGCAAUGGAUCCAGUACACAAUUAUUAAUAAUAUUAUCGUGAAAUACUAUAACGUAAGCGGAACAUGGGUCGAUUGGACUUCAAUGAUAUACAUGGCCAUAUACAUUCCCCUAAUCUUCCCAGGCAGUUGGUUUCUCGACAGAAUGGGUUUACGAAUAACAGCUCUUGUCGGAAUAACAGGCACGUGCAUAGGAGCUUGGAUAAAAGUUUUUUCUGUAGCACCGGAUUUGUUCUACGUAGGCUUCAUAGGACAAACUGUUAUAGCAACAGCACAGGUGUGCAUUUUAUCACUUCCAGCUCCACUAGCGGCCGUCUGGUUUGGACCAGACCAAGUUUCGUCAGCAUGCAGUAUUGGUGUUUUUGGAAACCAGCUUGGUGUUGCUUUGGGCUUUAUUUUACCACCAAUGUUUGUAAGGAACCAUGACAACUUAGAUCUCAUAGGAAAAGAUCUCCAAUUUAUGUUCUAUUGUGUUGCCGGUGUGACAACAGUAUUACUAAUCCUUAUGGUACUAUUUUUUAAGGAUAAACCACCAACACCAGCAUCAGCCGCUCAAGAAACAUCACAUUCUCCUGGUGAGGAUGCUUCAUUUUUGGAAUCAUUAAAGUCGUUGGCUCUCAAUCGAAACUACAUCCUGUUGCUAGUUUCCUAUGGCAUGAAUGUUGGAGUGUUCUACGCAAUUUCAACCCUUUUAAAUCCCGUUGUUCUCACGUACUAUCCUGGAGCUGAAGUGGAUGCAGGACGAAUUGGAUUAUGUAUCGUAUUGUUCGGUAUGGUCGGUUCCGUUGUAUCCGGCAUUGUUCUGGACAAAACACAUCGUUUCAAGGAAACAACGUUUGCAGUUUACGCAUUCAGUGCUGUGGGGAUGUGGAUAUUCACAUUCACUCUCAACACUGGUUCUAUAGCAGUUGUUUACGUAACGGCAUCCUUGCUUGGAUUUUUCAUGACUGGAUAUCUUCCAAUCGGAUUCGAGUUCGCCGCCGAACUAACAUUCCCAGAACCAGAAGGAACUGCUUCCGGAUUAUUGAAUGCAGCAUCCCAAGUAUUUGGCAUUCUCUUCACAAUGUUGUAUUCAGAACUAUUAGAAAACUACGGUGAUAUUUAUGCGAACAUUACAAUGGCAGUUAUGUUAGUUGUUGGCACAAUUAUAACGGCUAUAAUUAAAUCAGAUUUGAGAAGACAAGCUGCACAGGGGGCAGUUUCAAACAAUGCCAGUAGUUCGUAAAAUUGUUUUUUAGUUGCAUUUGAGGAAAACCAAAGCUAGAAAGUGUUUUAUUGUUGUUUUACGUUUUUGAUGUUAUAUUAUUUACUUUAUGAAGUGUUAUUUUAUCUUCGAAUACAGUUGAAACAAAUAGUAUGAAAUGUAAGUAAGGUUUGUUUGAUUUAUAGUACAUAUUUAUCAAAAUAUAUGUAUUGUGAAUUAUUAUAACGAUUUGGUCACCUCUUUACAAUAAAAUGGAGCAUUGUGGAAGCUUUGAAAUAUUUUGCAGCGAGAAGCUAUGAAAGCAAAUGAGUAGACAUUCACUAUUCCAUAAAUCAUAUCCUUAAAUAUGACAUUCGGCUGCCAGGAGUUUAGUGCUUACAUUUUUAAAUUUUUCGAAAACCCAUAAUAGUGAAGUGAAUCAUGAAUUUCGAAAAGGACUAAACCCUCUUAAAUCAGAGAAACACAUUUCCGUACUUUAGGUGCAGCCCAAAAGGCAGCAGCUUAAGAAAACCCUGCAUUUUGUUUCCAUACACUUUAAAAAAAUUCCAGUUUUUUGGUCUUUUAACUAAAGUGACAAAUCAGUUCGAAAUUUAUAUAUCAAGUACAUACCUAAAAAUAUCUACCAAUAAAACUAUAACUGGCCCUCUAUAUUUAAUUGAAAAAAUAGCAUUAAAAACCUCCCUAAAGACCCAAACGUAAUAUUAAAAGUAGAAGCCUCUAUUAGGCAUCAUAGUCAACUACGGAGUCAGACUUCACCCUUAUAGUGAAUAUUAUGAAAAUUUGCGCAAACAUGCAAGUAAUUAUUUAUUUUUAUAAAAUGUUAACAACAUAUUAGCCUGAACAAAUUGUGACAAAAAUAAACAAAUAAUUAAAUACGCUUGAAAUUGUCAUAACAAAACACGCCCCCGUUUUAGGCCCCAAAAUGAAUCGAAUGGCGAUCAUAUGCAAAUUCAUUGAUGUAAUCAAUGUUAGAACUAAAAGUUAAAGUAAUUAAAAACAAAAUAUUGUGCUCACUUUAAAUAGGGAUGUAAGUAGAUAUAGAAUGGCAUUUUUAUGUAUUUUUGGAGAAGAAAAUAAUAAGUGAAAGGAAAAACAUAAAAAGACAUAAUUAAAUGUAUAAAAAUUAAUGACAAUAAUGUAUCAAGAAUAAUAUGAACACCAACAUUAUAAAGUAUUAAAAAUAUAUCACAAACAUUAGAAUUACAUACAUAUAUAUAUAUUUUAGAACGCGUAUAAAGUAAAUAUAUUUUAGAGGGCAUAUAAAAGCAUAUUCUAGGUACCUGCUACUCUCCCUAGGAGAUUCAGUUCAAUGUAUGUAUAGAACAUAAUUGUGAUUAAUAGUUGCCAACCUAUAAUAUACAAAUAUUAUUAAUUAAAUUACAAAAACCAAAUUUUUGAUGUCAUAAAAAAACGUGAUUCAUUGCUGAGAAAUUUCAAAUUUUACAGAUGAAUAAAAUUCUGGCUAAAGAGCAAA